GCGUGUCACUUCCUCCUCUGCAGCCUCCCAGAUCAGUACACAAAGGCCACGGCUGCUGGAGGAAGAGCUGCUCGGUGGCAUGCACCUAUGUGGGAACUAAGGCCCAGAGAAAAAGUGUGAUUGGCCAUACAGCCAUCAAGUGACUGAAGCAGGUCCAGAACUUGGUGUGUUUCCUGUUUGGUUCUGUUUCCACUGUGGCUUGGAAUCCUGGUGACUAGACAUUGGCCAUGGUGGCUUUGCCCAUAGUCCUUGUUUUCCUGCUGGUCCUGAGCAGAGCGGAGAGUGAAUUGGAUGCCAUGAUCUCCCUGUCCAAGAAGGCCACAGAAUGGAGGGAUCCUGAUCCAUCCCUGCAAGGGUCCUGCCAGCCCGCCUCCUCCUGCCGGGAGUGCAUCCUCUCACACCCAAGCUGUGCAUGGUGCAAGCAACUGAACUUCACCGCGUCGGGGUUAGCGGAGGAGCGGCGCUGCGGCCGGCGACAGGAGCUGCUGGCGCGUGGCUGCCCCUUGGGGGAGCUGGAGGAGCCCCGAGGCCGGCUGGAGGUGCUGCAGGACCAGCCGCUGAGCCCGGGCACCCGCGGCGAGGGGGCCACGCAGUUGGCGCCGCAGCGGGUGCGGGUCACACUGCGGCCCGGGGAGCCGCAGCAGCUCCGCGUGCGCUUCCUCCGGGCCCCGGGAUACCCCGUCGACCUGUACUACCUCAUGGACCUGAGCUACUCCAUGAAGGACGACCUGGAGCGCGUGCGCCAGCUCGGGCACGACCUGCUGGUGCAGCUGCAGCAGGUCACACACUCCGUGCGCAUCGGCUUUGGCUCCUUCGUGGACAAAACGGUGAUGCCCUUUGUGAGCACAGUGUCCUCCAAACUUCGCCACCCCUGUCCCACCCGGCUGGAGCGCUGCCAGCCACCCUUCAGCUUUCGCCAUGUGCUGUCGCUGACCGGAGAUGCUAAGGCCUUUGAGAGAGAGGUGGGGCGCCAGAACGUGUCUGGAAAUCUGGACUCGCCUGAAGGUGGCUUCGAUGCCAUUCUGCAGGCUGCACUCUGUCAGGAGCAGAUUGGCUGGAGGAAUGUGUCCCGCUUGCUGGUGUUCACUUCGGAUGACACGUUCCACACAGCUGGGGAUGGGAAGUUGGGUGGCAUUUUCAUGCCCAGCGAUGGGCACUGCCACUUGGACAGCGAUGGCCUCUAUCGUCGCAGUCCAGAGUUUGAUUACCCUUCUGUGGGUCAGGUAGCCCAGGCCCUGUCUGCGGCAAAUAUCCAGCCCAUCUUUGCCGUCACCAGUGCCACGCUGCCUGUCUACCAGGAGCUGAGUAAGCUGAUUCCUAAGUCCGCAGUGGGGUUGUUGAGUGAGGACUCCAGCAACGUGGUGCAGCUCAUCAUGGAUGCUUAUAAGAGCCUGUCCUCCACGGUGACCCUCGAACACUCUCCACUCCCUCCGGGGGUCUACAUCUCAUACGAAUCUCAGUGUGGGGAUCCUGAGAAGAGGGAGGGUGAGGAUCGGGGCCAGUGCAACCACGUCCGAACCAACCAGACGGUGAAUUUUUUGGUUGCUCUCCAAGCUACCCACUGCUCCUCGGAGCCCCAGCUUCUGAGGCUGCGAGCCCUUGGCUUCUCAGAAGAGCUGACUGUGGAGCUGCACACUCUGUGUGAUUGUAACUGCAGUGACACCCAGCCCCAGGCUCCCCACUGCAGUGAUGGCCAGGGGCUCCUACAAUGCGGGGUAUGCAGCUGUGCUCCUGGCCGCCUGGGGCGGCUCUGUGAAUGCUCUGAGGCUGAGCUGUCUUCCCCCGAUCUGGAAUCUGGGUGCCGGUCCCCCAAUGGGACAGGGCCCUUGUGCAGUGGGAAGGGACGGUGUCAUUGUGGACGCUGCAGCUGCAGCGGACAGAGCUCCGGGAGUCUGUGCGAGUGUGAUGAUGCUGGCUGCGAGCGACAUGAGGGCAUCCUCUGUGGAGGCUUUGGCCGCUGCCGAUGUGGAUUGUGUCACUGUUUCGCCAACCGCACUGGCAGAGCAUGUGAGUGCAGUGGGGACACGGACAGCUGUACCAGUCCCGAUGGAAUUCUGUGCAGCAGGCACGGACAGUGCAGGUGCAACCGCUGCCAGUGCCUGGAGGGCUACUUCGGUGCCCUCUGUGAGCAGUGCCCAGGCUGCGCAACAUCAUGCGAGAGAUACAGGGACUGUGCAGAGUGUGGGGCCUUUGGAACUGGCCCCCUGGCCCUCAAUUGCAGCAGGGCUUGUGGCUCUGUCAAUGUGACCCUGACUUCGGCCCCUAUCCUGGAUGACGGCUGGUGCAAAGAGAGGACCCUGGACAACCAGCUGUUCUUCUUCCUGGUGGAGGAGGGAGCCGGAGGCAAGGUUGUGCUCAGAGUCAGACCCAAAGAGAGAGCAGAUCACACGCAGACCAUUGUGCUGGGCUGUGUGGGGGGCAUCGUGGCAGUGGGACUAGGGCUAGUUCUGGCUUAUCGGCUUUCUGUGGAAAUUUAUGAUCGCCGAGAAUUCAGGCGCUUUGAGAAGGAGCGGCAGCGGCUCAACUGGAAGCAGGACAGCAAUCCUCUCUACAGAAGUGCCAUCACGACCACUGUCAACCCUCGUUUUCAGGAGGCAGGGAGUCCCCUUCUCUGAAGCAGAGGGAGGAGCACUCCUCCCAGGGCUCUUCUCAGCUGCCUGGAAGGGGACUACUGAGGAAUGGUCACCACCCACUUCAUUCUCAGAGUGACACCCGAGGGCUGCCUACCCUGGCAACCACGCUUCCCUACCUCAUGAGUGGGGGUUAGCCCCCUAUCCCCGUAUACAAUAAAGAGUCUUACCUCAGA